GAGUGCAGCAGGGCCUACAGGCAGAGCUGCAGUGCGAGCAGCGAUGGGAGGAAUAUAACCAGCUUUAUUUAUAUACAUGUCAUCAGGUAUUCUCAAAAAAUGGAGGGAGGAAACUUUGGCUACUCCCAAGACUAUCUUGACCGCUUCAUCCAAAGCCAGGACUCAUCUGUGGUGAACAAGUUCCAGCAGAAGUACUGGAAAACCAAACAGACGCUCAUCAAGGUCACGGGGAAGAAAGAGGACGAACAUGUUGUGGCGUCAGACGCAGAUCUGGAUGGCAAGCUGGAGGUCUUCCACUCCAUCCAGAGAACAUGCAUGGAGCUGCUGAAGGUCAUUGAGCAGUACCAGAGGAGGAUCUGCUUUCUUUCCCAGGAGGAGAACGAGCUGGGUCGUUUCCUGCGCUCCCAGGGCUCGCAGGAUAAAACCAGGGCUGGAAAGAUCAUGCAGGCCACCGGGAAAGCACUCUGCUUCUCCUCCCAACAGAGACUGGCUCUGAGGAACCCUCUGUGCCGUUUGUACCAGGAGGUUGAAACGUUCCGCUACAGAGCGAUCUCAGACACGUGGCUGACGGUGAAUCGAAUGGAGCAGUCCAGGACUGAGUACCGCGGAGCGCUGCUUUGGAUGAAGGACAUAUCUCAGGAGCUGGAUCCAGACACUCAUAAACAGAUGGAGAAAUUCCGCAAGGUUCAGGCCCAGGUGCGCACAACCAAAACAAGCUUUGACAAACUGAAGAAUGAUGUCUGCCAGAAAGUCGACCUGCUGGGAGCCAGUCGCUGCAACCUCCUCUCUCACGUUUUAACCACAUACCAGACAACACUAUUGCACUUCUGGGAGAAGACAUCCCACACCAUGGCGGCCAUACACGAGAGCUUCAAGGGCUGUCAGCAUUACGAGUUCUCCACACUUAAGACCUUACAAGGCCCCAUGGACAAGCUGGCUAAGAAGAAGGGGAAGAAGAAAAGUAAAGCAGAGGCAGACGACGGGAAGAAAGCCGAGACCUCAGAGGACCAACUCAUCUCUCUAGUGAAUGACAACACCAGCGAUAAGAUCACAGAAGAGUCAGAGGCAGAGAAGGACAGCAUGGCCUUACUGAAUGAGAUCCUGGGCAGCAUGUCUGUGGACGAGGGCGACUUCUCUCGAGAGUGGACGGAAGUGUUCGGAGACACCGAGGAGGGAGUGGGCGCGGCGUCAGGGAGACCGGCGGAGGCCCAGCAAAAGGAAAACUCCUUCUUUCUCCCAUCUCAGCUGUUGGACCAGAGCUUGAAUAAUCCGCAGUCUUCCCUCUCAGAUUGGGCCGGGAUCAUUCCGGCGCCCGUCGCCCAGGCAACGGAACACUCAUCUGGAGCCAAUCAGAACCCUUCUAAGCCAGCACUGAAAGAGAAUCCAGGGACGUCCAAAGACCUCUCAGCGUGGUUCAACCUGUUCGCUGACUUGGAUCCCCUCUCCAACCCUGAUGCAGUCGGCAGAAGCGACACAGAGCACGAACUUCACAACGCAUAGUUCUUCCUCAGCGUCAUGGUUUAUCUGAAAUGGGUACCUUUGUUGGUGGGAACAGCAGACUGUAGCUGCCAGCGUGAUUAGAGAACAAUCAGAUGGACCACACACACAAUCGUCUUCUCUUUAGACUUCAGUUACAGUAGAUAUAGAGCUGAAACAAUUAGUCAGCUAAUCAAUAAGUCAAAGGAAAAACAACCAGCAACUCUUUAUAAUAACCAUCAUUAAAAAAUGGUUAAUUGACAGUUAAUUAAACCUAAGUUAAAGGUCCAGUGUGUAGGAUUUAGAAGGAUAUGUUGGCAGAAAUAGAUU